CCGCCCUCUCACCGGAAGUCUCGAUCUACCACGAGACUUCAUAGACUUCCUGGAUACACUGUGCAACAACCUCUACAGUCGAUAUUUUAGGAGCAAGAAGUAUCAUAACAACCUUUCAAGAUGAUGGUCCAAAGACCACGCAGGACCCGGGAGGUGACGGGGCCAACGCCACAUUCCGUUGCUAUUAAAGCAAGGCCACCAAAUGUCAAACCCCCAGAGUACUUAAUUCUAGAGAGAAGGAAGAAGGAGGAUAUGCUGGAAAACUAUAGGAAAAAUACACAAUAUAUGGAAUUCAAUGACCUGAAGAAUGAAUGGGAAAGGUCUACUGACAGAAAAAUCAAAUUAAAUACAGUAAAACGGAAAGUGGACAGUCUUUUGUUGGAUAGUCAAUUCACAAUUGAAGAUAGGAGAGAAAGAUUAAGGGCCAUGCUCAGAGCAGAAGAGCAGAGGUACUUAAGAGAAAUGGAAGCAGGAGAGGAAACUGUUUUAGAGCGUCAGGCUAAAAUGAGAGAACGUGCCAAAUUUUUGAAAGAUAAAAGAGAAGAGGAGAGGUUGAAUUUUGUUCAGGAGAAAUAUGAUCAACAGUUUAGAAAUCAGUGUGAAGAAUUAAGAUCCACAUUGUCAAAGAGACAGCAGGAUGAAGUUUGUGUAGAAAGACUGGAACAGCUCAGGAUUAAGGAAGAAAUUGAAAGGGAAAAGAAAGAACAAGAAGCCAUGUAUGCUAAGCUCUGGGAACAAGACAUGUUGGCUAAGGCUGCUCGUGAAGAGAGAGAUGCACAGUCAGCACAUGAGAGGAACCAGGAGGUCCUAUCAGUCCUCAGGAAACAGAUGGCAGCUCUUGAGGAGCAGAAGGAGGCAGCCCGGCGCCUCAAGGAGGAGGAGGCUCAACUUUUGAGAGAACAAGCCAUGUUAAGACAAAUGGAAGAGGCUAAAGCCAGAGAGGACAAGCUCAGACAGCAGCAGGAAACCCGAGACCAGCUCGAUCUGUCCCUGAAAAUAAAGAUGAAGAAGAAGGCCAAGGCUGAGCAAGAGCAGCUGGCCUUUGACUUGAAGAUUCUUGAACAGCUAUUGGAGGAGUCUAGGAACGAGGCUAUGGAACAGAUGCAGAGGAAGAGAGAGCUUAGAGAGGAAGACAGAAGAUACAGAGAGUACCUCCACCAGUUAAUGGAGGAAGAAAAAGUGAAAGAGAAAGAGCUGGAGAGGCUGGUGAAUGAAGAGGUGGAGAAGAUGUGGCAGAAACGUCUUCACCAAUGGCAGCUGGAGAGACAAGCCAGGAAGAAGCUGCUGCAGGAUGUAAUGGCUGGCAGAGCUGUGCAGAUCAGGGAGAGAUUGGCUGAAAAUGAUAGAAAGCAGAGAGUAGCCGAGGAGGAGAGGAUGGAGUUGUUGAGGACCAUUGAGGAGAACCGCAGGCUUGAGGAGCAGCAGGCUGCCAAACUGUGGGAGAAGAACCACAACUACCAGCGAGACCUACAGGACCAGAUCAUCUACAACUCAAAGAUCCGGGAGCUGGAGCAGCACCGGGAUGAGGAAGAAUUCUUGUUGGGAAUGCAGGCAGAGCGGGAGUACCAAGUCCGACUGAAGGAGUGCCUGGAUAAUCCACAAGUUUUUGAGAGGGAUGGAAAGAGAGAUAGUGUCAAAGAGAGAGAGGAGAUAGAGAGAAAAAGCGAAUUUUGUCCACAAGCCUGCAUUUCCUAUGAUAUGCUAAUGGACAACAAAACUCCAGAAUCAUCAGAUGAGGAGGAAGAAGAAGACUGGAUGGCCAUUAAUUGGGAUGGUAAUCUCAACUCUGGAAUAAAACUACUGGACAGGAAUAAGGAUGUAGACAACCUCGACCAGUCAGAAAACAGUGCAGAACCUACAGAAGGGAAGCAGAAUAAAGGAAUGCUGAGUGAAGACAAAUCAUCGAGUGAGACAUUGAUGUCCAGAAUGUUACUAAAUGACAAUAAAGCAGGCAUGUCUGGACUAGACAAAGAACGCAUUAACCAGAUCAUAUUUGAAGCAUCCAAAGGAUCAAAAUAUUUUGAAAAUGAAAGAAAAAAGGAGGAACAGGUCACAAAGAGAAUAGAGGAACAAAAGCAGAAGCUGAAGGCCAUUACACAGGAGCAUUUAGACACAGCUCAGAAAGAGGCAGAUCUCAUGUUGGAAGAAUUUGAUAGACUGAGAGACUUGAGUAGGACCAUUGUACAUGUGGAUAUGGAUGCUUUCUAUGCUGCUGUAGAAAUGAGGGAUAACCCUGCCCUGAGAGACAAACCUAUGGCUGUGGGAGGAAACUCUAUGCUGUCAACCUCCAAUUACCAUGCCAGAAAGUUUGGUGUAAGAGCAGCCAUGCCUGGAUUCAUAGGGAAGAAGUUGUGUCCAGAGCUAGUCAUCGUUCCGCCUCACUUUGACAAAUACACAUCAGUGAGCAAAGAGGUCAGGGAGAUUCUGGCAACCUUUGACCCCAACUACUGUACUGUCAGCUUAGACGAAGCAUAUCUAGAUUUUACAGAUCACAUGACAAAGCGAAGUGGUUUGUCGGAUAAGGAACGAACAGUCAUAUGCCGCACCUGUGAUAGUUUUGAUAAAAGCUUUUGUCUUUGUGAUUUAAAUGAGACCUUGGGUCUCAGUGUCUGUGAGAAUGGAGUUCUUAAGGUCAAGGACAGACCAUCAGACGUUUGUGGUGCGUGCGGAAAAUCUAUACCUGGGUUUGAACUUGUGACAUUUCAAACAUCCCUGGAGGAUGCUGUCAAAGAAAUGCGCUGCAGGAUUCAGCAAAAAACGUGUUUGACUGCCAGUGCAGGUAUUGCUCCUAAUAUGAUGCUAGCCAAAGUGUGUUCUGACAUGAACAAGCCAAAUGGCCAAUACAUCAUUCCUUCUACUGUGGAGGAUGUUAUGUCUUUCAUUAGGAAACUUCCAAUCAGAAAGAUAAGUGGGAUUGGGAAAGUCUCGGAGAGAAUGCUGAAUGCAGUAGAAGUGAGGACAUGUCAAGACUUGUAUGACAAGAGAGGACUUCUCUAUCACCUUUACUCUCAAAUCUCCUUCAACUACUUCAUGAGAAUCUGUCUUGGUAUUGGAUCAACAACUGUUGAAAGAGAUGGAGAAAGAAAAAGCAUGAGUACUGAAAGGACUUUCCCUGAGAUGAGUGCCCCCACCGAGCUGUACAGUAAAUGUCUGGAGUUGUGUCACUCACUCGCCGAAGAUCUGCAAUCAGAGGCACUCAAAGGUAAAACAGUGAGCAUCAAGAUAAAGACAGUUAAGUUUGAUGUGAAGACUAGAGCCUUCUCCCUCCCAGAUUACACCAAUGAUGCUGAAGUUAUAUACAUAGCAGCAAAAGAUCUUCUCUGUAAGGAGAUGAAAAAUGUUCACCCUCAUCCUCUCCAGUUAAGACUCAUGGGGGUUAGAAUGAGCACUCUUGUUGAUCAGACCCUGUUAUCCAACAAGAAACAACAGAACACAUUGAUUCAGUUUGUGAGGAAGGGAGAAAAGAUUGGAAAGAAUGAAACUCACCAAGGCAAGGAAGAGUGUUCUUAUGAUAAACAAGUUGAUGAGCUGGUUCAGUGUUCCGUAAAAAAUAAUGUAUCAACCAAUCAACCGGAACAAAAUUCAGAUUACACAACACAAGGUCAACUCAAUCACUGUGGUAACAAUAUGGAACAAGGUCCUAACGAGAACUUAAUAACUGUAGAAAAAGAUGGUAAUCAAGGUGAUAAUGUACAAGAUCUAGUUUCUGUGACAAAUCCAGUUUCAAAGGAGAUGAAUACUGAAAAACCUUAUGCGAAAAUACCUAGGUGUGAAAAUGAAAGUGAUGGGCAACCAUUAUCAGAUGAGGGUGCUGCUAACAUUAACACCACAGAAGAAAAGUCCAACACUGUUUGGUAUACCUGUCCUGUAUGUCGAGAUGAAGUUGGUUGCAGUGACCUAAAUGGUUUUAAUCACCAUAUUGACACCUGUUUAAGUAAAUCUGUGGUAAAAGAAUGCUCAAGAUAUACACCAGAGGGUGAAAGUCCAAAGAGUAAAAAGACUCCUUCCAGGAAAACAAUUACCCCAAAACGAAAAAGUUCCACCAGCACUCCAAAACUCAUCAGUUCAAGAUUUAAAACUUCGCAGAAUCUAGGAAAUGUGAAAUUUCAAGACUCAGUAGUUACUGUAACCCAGGAAAGUUUUGUGACAGCAUCUGCAUUGAGUGAUGAACCAAGUACAUCAAAAACUCGAGAGACAAUUGAUACAGAAUCUUCUGUAGAAAAAUUAACAAAAUCUCAAGACAGUAAGACGACAGAAACACUGGUAUGCCCGGUGUGCUUCAUGGAGCAGACUGGAGCCGACUUGGAUGCCUUUAACCAACACGUAGACAGUUGUUUAUGCAAGGGAACCAUUACUGAAAUCCUCAAGGAACAGAAAAAUAGCAAUAAGAGAUCCUUUGAGAAACAAGGAUCUAAGGGACUCGGAGGGAAGAGAAAAAGACAGGACAGUGGCACAAAGUGCCCAAGUAUAGCCACAUUUUUCCAAAUGAACACUUGACAUAGAUUUGCAAAGUUGUGCAAAUUGACUAGCUAUAUGUCCAAAUGUUAUGAUGAAAAAGAUUUUUAAAAUUGUUGAUUUAAACUAAAAAGAAGUAGGGUUUUCCUUUGCUUUAUGGCAAAUCAAUAGAUUUUAAAACAAAUCGAAUUACCGUCAUAGUAAUUAUAUAGGCACAGAUACUACUCUAGCAUCUUUAUUUUAGAUAUUAAAAAAUAAUACACAUGUUAUAGUACAGAGGGUUCCGCUUAAUCU